AUGUUUAAGUGCUGGUCAGCUGUUUUGGUUCUCGGAUUCAUUUUUCUGGAGUCAGAAGGAAGGCCAACCAAAGAAGAAGGAUAUGGCCUUCAGUCCUACAAACCUCUGAGAAGAUUGCGACACAAGCAGGAAAAGAGUCAAGACAGUUCAAGAAUCAAAGGACUCCUAAUUCAGGAUGGCCCUUUGGGGUCUUGUGAAAAUAAAUACUGUGGUUUGGGAAGGCACUGUGUCAUCAGCAGAGAGACAGGGCAAGCAGAAUGUGCCUGUAUGGACCUUUGCAAGCGGCACUACAAACCCGUGUGUGGAUCGGAUGGAGAAUUUUAUGAAAACCACUGCGAAGUACAUAGAGCUGCUUGCCUGAAAAAGCAAAAGAUUACCAUUGUUCACAAUGAAGACUGCUUCUUUAAAGGAAAUAACUGCAAGGCCACUGAAUACAGCAAGAUGAAAAGUAUGCUUUUAGACUUACAAAAUCAAAAAUAUAUUACACAAGAAAAUGAAAACCCUAAUGGUGAUGACAUAUCUUGGAAGAAGUUGUUGGUGGAUCAAAUGUUUAAAUAUUUUGAUGCCGACAGUAACGGACUUGUAGAUAUUAAUGAACUAACUCAGGUGAUAAAACAGGAAGAACUUGGCAAGGAUCUUUCUGAUUGUACUUUGUAUGACCUACUGAAAUACGAUGAUUUUGACUCUGACAAGCACCUGGCUCUUGAAGAACUUUAUAGAACAUUCCAGGUUAUCCAGUUGAGUCUGCCUGAGGAUCAGAAACUAAGCAUUACAACGGCAACUGUGGGGCAAAGUGCUGUUCUGAGCUGUGCCAUUCGGGGGGCACCGAGACCCCCCAUCAUCUGGCAAAGGAACAAUAUUAUUCUAAAUAAUUUAGAUUUGGAAGACAUCAAUGACUUUGGAGAUGAUGGGUCCUUGUACAUUACUAAGGUUACCACAACCCACAUGGGCAAUUACACCUGUUAUGCAUAUGGCUAUGAACAAGUCUUUCAGACUCACAUCUUUCAAGUAAAUGUCCCUCCAGUAAUCCGGGUGUAUCCAGAGAGUCAGGCUCGAGAACCUGGGGUAACCGCAAGUCUCAGGUGCCAUGCAGAGGGGAUACCAAACCCUCAGCUUGGCUGGCUCAAGAAUGGAAUUGAUAUUACACCAAAGCUGUCCAAACAACUCACACUUCAAGCAAAUGGCAGUGAGGUUCAUAUAAGCAAUGUGCGCUAUGAAGAUACAGGAGCAUACACUUGUAUGGCAAAGAAUGAAGCAGGAGUGGAUGAAGACAUCUCUUCUCUUUUUGUGGAAGAUUCUGCUAGAAAGACCCUAGCUAACAUAUUAUGGAGAGAAGAAGGUCUGGGAAUUGGGAACAUGUUCUAUGUUUUUUAUGAAGAUGGAAUCAAAGUGAUACAACCCAUAGAAUGUGAAUUUCAGAGGCACAUUAAGCCUAGUGAAAAGCUCCUCGGAUUUCAGGAUGAAGUCUGUCCCAAAGCUGAAGGAGAUGAAGUUCAGAGGUGUGUGUGGGCCUCAGCUGUUAAUGUCAAAGACAAGUUCAUUUAUGUUGCACAGCCAACUCUGGACAGAGUCCUUAUUGUUGAUGUGCAGUCCCAAAAAGUUGUUCAGGCAGUAAGCACAGACCCUGUACCAGUUAAAUUACACUACGACAAAUCACAUGAUCAGGUCUGGGUGUUGAGCUGGGGUACCGCGGAAAAGACUUCUCCAACACUGCAGGUAAUCACCCUGGCCAGUGGGAAUGUGCCACACCACACUAUUCACACCCAGCCAGUGGGAAAGCAGUUUGACCGAGUGGAUGAUUUUUUUAUUCCUACUACAACACUCAUCAUCACCCACAUAAGGUUUGGAUUUAUCCUUCAUAAAGAUGAAGCUGCGCUACAAAAAAUUGAUCUUGAAACCAUGUCAUACAUCAAGACGAUUAACUUGAUGGACUAUAAGUGCAUUCCUCAGUCAUUGGCAUAUACACACUUGGGAGGAUACUACUUUAUUGGCUGCAAACCUGAUGGCACUGGGGCAAUUCCACCACAGCUCAUGGUGGAUGGUGUAACCGACUCGGUCAUUGGCUUCAAUAGUGAUGUGACAGGCACUCCAUAUGUCUCUCCAGAUGGGCACUAUCUUGUCAGCAUUAAUGAUGUGAAAGGCCUAGUAAGGGUCCAGUACAUUACCAUCCGAGGAGAAAUCCAGGAGGCUUUUGAUAUUCACACAAAUCUGCACAUAUCUGAUCUGGCAUUUCAGCCAUCCUUUACUGAAGCCCACCAAUACAACAUCUAUGGUAGCUCAAGCACACAGACUGAUGUGCUCUUUGUGGAGCUCUCCUCUGGGAAGGUUAAGAUGAUAAAGAGUCUUAAGGAACCACUCAAGGCAGAAGAAUGGCCUUGGAACCAGAAGAACAGGCAAAUCCAGGACAGUGGCUUGUUUGGUCAAUACCUGAUGACACCUUCCAAGGAUUCUCUCUUUAUACUAGAUGGACGACUCAAUAAGUUAAACUGUGAGAUCACUGAAGUUGAGAAAGGAAAUACAGUCAUUUGGGUUGGGGAUGCCUAGGAGCCCUAUUAGAUAAUUAUUGAAUGAAGAGUUUUCCAGUACAUUGCACUUAAUCCAUCGUUUAAAUUUACAGCUUAACUUUUCAAGAUUAUACCCUAGUCAAGCGUAAGUUAUUUGGUUGGCCCAAAUAAAAUAGAUUUUUUUUUUUU